UCCGUUAGCUUAAAUAUAUUCGGGUUCGAUCGCCGGCCGUUGGUUCAGUAGCCGUCAGUUGUAUUUUGGGGGACGUUACAUUCGUUAUAAUAGUUAUCCCAUGUGUGUAAAUCACAUUAACAAGCGCCAAGUAGGUCAUUUUUUUUCUGGCUUCCUCUUAACAAGACAAGGUCAGGAGCUCCAGGCGGUUUUUUAGUGUUUUUCUACUGGGUGAUCGUGUGCAGCAUGUGUACUGAAUGUGAGAAAAGAAGGCGAAAUGAAGACUCACUCUGGGGAGAAGAAACCUGAAGCAGGAGGGAGACGCACAGUAUAAGACUGCACAAGAUGGUUUAUCGUGAAAACAUCUGAACAUCUGAGACAAACUGAUCGGUUAAUCUUAACGAUGGCGGCACGUGUUGUGCUUCUUUUUCUUUUAUUUUGUAAAGGGGAAAGAAGUGUCGGCCUUUUAGAGAAAGUUUUACGUCACCCAGAGUCCAUGGACAACCUUUUUGUGAGCUUAAAAGAAUUCGAAAGCCCACAUCAGGAUUCAAAAGAUGACCCAAGAAUGCUGAAACACAGAAAACUGAAUGAUUUGGACUUUAAGGAUGAUAUAGCAAGGCGAGCAGGCAUACAAAGACAUCCUGAAUCUGCUGCCAGACCUCUAAUACCUAAACAUAGCCCUGAAGUGGGUCUGAACCACGAGAAAAGAAGCAAUUUGACUAAUGGAGAGGUUGAAGGUGUAAUUAAUGCUCACAGUCUAGUGCCGAGUUCAGAGGAGGAGUACGCUCUCCAGCCUGAGCUCCAUUUGAAGACAGGUGUCGGUGACGCUUUGCCUGAGAGGACACGGGGCCGCUCUAAAUGGGUCACGGAGUCUGAAGACGGCCUAUCGGGGCCUCGUUCUCGCUCUCGUCGCCGGAGGAGCUGGCUGUGGAACCAGUUCUUUGUGAUCGAGGAGUACAGAGGGCCAGAACCUGUGCUCAUCGGACGGCUGCACACUGAUAUGGACAAGGGAGACGGCCGCACUAAGUAUAUGUUGGAGGGAGAGGGAGUUGGCUCUGUGUUUGUUAUCGACAGCAACACAGGCAACAUACACGUCACAAAAUCUCUCGACCGCGAAGAGAAAGACCAGUACCGACUCAUUGCAACCGCCACGGACCGUCAGACAGGCCGAGCCCUGGAGCCCUCCUCUGAGUUCAUCAUCAGAGUGCAGGACAUCAAUGACAACCCGCCUGUCUUCCCCAAUGAACCCUAUGUUGCCAUGGUGCCGGAGAUGGCCAAUAUAGGCACGUCUAUAAUCCAAGUCACAGCCAGAGAUGCUGAUGAUCCAACAUAUGGAAACAGCGCCCGGCUGGUGUAUGCCAUUACUCAGGGCCAGGACUAUUUCUCUGUGGAUGCUCAGACAGGCGUCCUGCGGACGGCGGUUCCCAACAUGGACCGAGAAACUCGGGAUGAAUAUCUGGUCGUUCUCCAGGCCAAAGACAUGGGAGGGCAUCUGGGCGGAUUAUCAGGGACUACAACCAUCACUGUGAAGCUGACUGAUGUCAACGACAACCCCCCUCACUUCAGAAGGAGUGCGUGGUCAUUCUCUGUGUCUGAGCUCGCAGCACCAGGUGUGGAGGUGGGCCGUCUCACCGCCACCGAUCCUGAUCUUGGAGAAAACGCACAGCUGGAGUUCACGAUCCUCGAUGCCGAGGAGGCAGAAAUAUUCAAUCUAACCGGGAAAGACCAGGAGGCCGUCAUCGUGCUGAACAAGCUGCUGGACUACGAGAGCCGCAAUUCCUACACUUUCUCUGUGGAAGUUUCCAACCCUAUAGUGGACGCCCGGUACCUAAGGAAAGGCCCCUUUAAGGACCAGGCAACUGUCCGGGUCAUGGUCCUUAAUGCUGAUGAGCCGCCGCGAUUCUCCCAGGCUCGGUACCAUCUGGACGUGUCUGAGAACUGCCCCCCUGUCUGCUCCGUUGGCCGGGUGUACGCCGUGGACCCGGACACAGGACAAAGCACCAACAUCAGGUACUCCAUCGAUCCUCAGUCAGACCCCGAGGCUCUGUUCCGCAUUGCCUCUGACACGGGCUUUAUCAGCACAGUGAUGGAGUUGGACCGUGAGGAGGAGCAGUGGCAUAAUAUCACAGUCAUCGCCACACAGAGGGACAAUCCAAAUCUUGUGUCAAGGGUUGUGGUUGCCAUAGAGACACUAGACCAGAAUGACAAUGCGCCGGAGUUGGACAGGCAGUACACAACGUCUGUAUGUGACUCCAGUGCCCCCGGUCAGGUAGUUCAGGUUCUGCGAGCCAUCGACAGGGACCAAGGAGGUCAGGACACUUCGGUCCACUUCAGCAUCUCUCCAGAGUCCAGCUCUGCCCUGAACCUCACCAUCCGGGAAUCUGGAGGUGUGACAGCCAGCCUGGUGCUCCAGUCAGCCUUGGAGCCUCUUCCUGGCUUCUCCUCAUCUUUACUCACCCUCUACGUGCCAGUUGUGCUGCGCGACGGGGCCUCGGGUCUGACCAACACUGGCACGGUCACUGUGACCAUUUGUCCAUGUCUGCGAGGCGGCAUGCAGACAGAGGAUAGGGGGAGACAGAGAGACAAGAGAUGGGAGAGACACAUGGUUUGUCUCCCUGUGCCGUCUGCCUCCUCGUCUCUCAUAUUCAGUUUGGUCACCUUACUGGCCAUGCUGGCCUGUGUCACCACCCUGCUGGUGGUGUGUGCACUCUCGCUGUCAUUGCGGCAUCAGAAGCGAGACUCCCACUCACCCUUCGAGGAGGAUGAUGUCAGGGAGAACAUCAUAUCCUACGAUGAUGAGGGGGGAGGGGAGGCCGACACCGCGGCUUUCGACAUUACAGCGCUGCAGAGCAUGCACAGAAUACAGCACAUGCACAACAACAGGAACAUAUGGUACACCCAGCCGAAUCCGCCAAGGGCCAGGACGUACAGCUGGAGUCGUAACCCACGCCCCGGCCUCGACCCUCAGCAGCGACCUGGCUCUGCACCGCUCUACGGACGUCUCUGUUAUGGCAUCCACACACUGCCUGUUCUCAGAGAUUAUCCGGUCGGGCCACUGGAGGCAGGUCUGCAGCUAACCCAGCUGACCCAUGGGUUCACCAGAGGUCAUAUUGGCAAUUCCCUUGUCAUCCAGAACCAGAGCACCUUUGAGCCUCUGCUGCGCUCUCCUGAGAUAAGCCCCAGUUGUUACGAAGCAGAACACAUGCUGGCGAAGAGCAAAAUCUCAGACAGAAAUGAAGGCAGUCAAGCAAACACUGCUGACACAAAACAGAAUCAGGAUCAGACCAAGAUAAACUCAAAAGAGUCGACACCAGUCGACGACGCUGUGAAUCCGACCCACUGUGAGCCAAAUGAGUCUUCGUGCCAAAGUCACACCAGCUCCUCGUCAAACCAGCAAGACGGGCGACCGGGGUCAUCGCAGACUCAGAUCAGCACCGGCGCCACAAGCUGCACGUUAGAUGACAUUGAUACUGAUUCGUCCAUUCGCUCCGUGUCAGAGCAAAAUUACUCAAAUGGAAGUCAGAUCAGCUCUCUAAAGCCUCCUGUUUACCGGACAGGAGACACGUACAGCAUCGUGGGCUCGCUGAAUCCAAACAGCAGAGGCACGUCCUGUAUGAACGGGACUAGCAGCAGCAGCAGCAGCAGCGGGGCGUACCCAGCGGGAGUGCAGCUGCUGAACAUAUGCAGACUCCAGAGUAAGGAUCUGACCCCGCAGCCGCUGUCCUUACCUGGGGGUGCGUUCGGUAACAGCAGAGGCUGGCCGUGCAGGGCGGAGCCUGCGAGUGCAGAAGCCUCCAACCCGCAGCCUCUCUGCGUGGAAGACCUCCUGAACAUCCGUCUGGAUCAGGUCACCUUUGACCUGUCGCAGCCGCCCUACGACUCGCUGCAGACUUACGAGUUCGAGGGACGCGAUUCGAGGGCCGAGUCGCUGAGUUCGCUGGAGAGCGACGGAGAGAAGGACGACGGGCGAGUGGUGGGAGGGAUGGAGGAGUUAAACCAGAAGUUUCAGAGGCUGGUGGAGAUCAUCAGAGAGAGGGAGAAGGAGAAGGAAGGAGGUGGAGGAGGAGGAGGGCGGGAGGCUGCAGAGGCCACUCAUGAACAAAAGGAGGACAAAGAAAAAGAGCAGCAGAGAUGGGAUUUCUAGACUGCACUGAAAGAAAAGUUGGCAGGUGGAGAACUUCCCUGCGACAGUGAUGGAUUUCAGACACAGCAGGGGUGGAAAAAUACACCGCCUCCGACAGAAAUCGUCUUGUUUCCAAACCUCCUGCCAGGAGGAAUCCAGUGCAAUCAGUGCACAGCGUAUAGUUUUCACCUCCACUGUGUUUAUGAGUGAAUAUGGAAUCUGUCACUUUUCACACUGCUCGUGUAACUGAUAUUAAUAAUGCACCUGGGCUUUCAAAGCUAAACUCAUGAAAAAUUAAGCUUUUAUUUUGAAAUAUUGAUUCAGAGCCCUGAAAGCUGCAUUGUUAGAAAAUAGGCCUCAUCAAAUAUUGACCCAAAUUGUGAUAUUUAAUAUUAAUAGUUUAAUAGAGAGGGGGAGGGAGGGGGGGCACGCUCACUCACUAAAUUCUCACCCACGUACAGUAACGUACGCCGACACUGCCACGUGCUCGCAGAGCCUCCCCAAGUGUGAACAUUUCUAUCCUGUAAACUCUCCGACGAGUCGUUACCUGUCACCAUUACCUGCUCAUCACUAUGCAAUCUGCACACACACACACACACACACACACACACUUAGCGAUGAUUAGAUUGUCACUGUCAAAGAUGUUGUGAAAAGUGCAGUAAAUAACGUCCACGUGUAGAUAAACUUCUGCUUUCAGUGGUUAUUGCUUCAAACAUGGAGGUUCUUUUGGGCGGCGGCGGCGGCGGAAGUGAAGCGCCUGUUUUUAUUAAAGUGUGGCCUCCUACAGCGCACAGUAUAACCCA